AUGGUCAAAGAUGACAGGAAAGAUGCCCACACAACCGAUAAGAAGAACGAGCGCAAGCCCCGGGCAUGUAUCCCGGGGGAAGGGUGCGAUAGUAAUAGUAUUACCACGCCAGAUACAUUGUAUAUUGUUAGUAUGAACACCAAGAACGGCUGGAUACCACUAGGCAUGCCCACGCAGCUUCGCGAAGUGAAGACACAAGGUACGAAGAGGAAGCCUGAUAGAAAACAAAACCAAGAAACCGCGAAAGCCAGGGAGGGAAAGACAGGGAACUACCCGACAAAAGAAGAUACAGACAGGAGGCUGCCAGCAACAGAAAGAGCCCGCAAUUGGCAGAAGCUUUCACCCAGGAUGACACCUGGUCCAAAACCCCACGAAAAACAGAAUCAAUAG